AUGAUGCCUCCGCGAAACUGCGAGAGCGACGACGUCGAAAACCCGAAUGACACACGACGCAACGAGUUGACCGCACGUGAGACGUCGCUGCUAGGUACGCGCGAUGUGUCUCUAGACAACGUUCGAGGCGUUGUUGUCCUGUUCGUAAUUUAUUUCCACUACUAUGAGUGUUGGAACGUGAACUGCAGACUCCACACGACCGAUGCCAUUCCGACACACAGAUCAGCUUCUACAGACUGGAUGAGAGUCGCAUUAUACAUGUUUCAGUCACUCGUCAUCGUAUCUGGGCUAGUAAGGUCACACUCGAAAACCCUCCCACUGAAGGACAUCGGCAUUUACACGAGUUGGUUUGUGUUUGAGAUGUUCGUGAUGCACGUCUUCAAAGUGCGUGGAAACUCUUUUGGGCCCGCUUGGUUUCUUCUUGAUGUCAUACUGGGUCAGAUUUACGUGCUCUUCACUCGUGCUUUCGGAAUGUGUAGACGGGACUUGGUAUUUUUUGCGUUUGUGCUCACUGUUGCCGCGUACGUGUGUUUCCCAGAUAUAAGUUAUACGCGACCGUUCUGGGAAAAGUUCGAAGGUCAUCUCUCUCCUCGAUCAUUCGCGCACACUCUCAUUUUUGUGCUUUCGUCCAGCUUUUCAAAAGAAAUCCUUCGCGUGCGAGAGAAAGUGCGCACUUCGUUGCGCGUCAGGCUUCUUUUGUAUGUAGCUGUUGUAUUUGUUUGGUACCAGUCCAUCUACACUUCUGGAGAUCAUAGUUGCUCCAUACUGUUUACGCAAGAACGAUUUUCUAAGUGGGACCGUAUUAUGCGGGAACGAUGUCAGCACAACACCUGGUGUUACUCACUGUUCCAAAGUCUCAUCGUUUCAACUUCCAUCGUACUGAUUGCUCCUAGUUCUCAAGUCCCAAUCAUAAGCUGGAUGGGUAAACGAUCGGUGCUUCCAUAUAUAGCACACAUGUACUUCGUACACGGCAGUCUCAAGGACCUCGUGGACAGCACAUUCGGGAGCAUCGUACCCAGAUUUAUCAUAGCAGUCCACGCGACUGUACCAUUGCUGCUUAACAUCGUGCUGAGUAGGUUCGACUUUGUUUUGAAUCAAACAAAGCGCAGAACUACCCGUGGGUUUGAGGUAUCAUCUUGA